AUGAAACUCCAUCUUUAUGCAUUAAAGAAAAACUUUGAGUUUAAAGUAAAGAAGUCUGCGAAAAAUAUAUGGUGUACAGUAUGUGUUGAUGAUAAAUGCAAAUGGAGGUUGAGGGCUACAAAAUUGGUUAAUUCCAAUAUGUUUGAGGUUCGUAAAUUUUUCGGUGAACACACAUGCUCAUUGGAUGUUCGACAUAAAGAUCACCGUCAGGCAUCCCCAUGGCUUAUUGGACAUGUCAUAAGGAGAAAAUUUGAGGGUGAUGAUGUUAAUUACAAGCCAAGGUCAAUUGUAAAAGAUAUGAGUUUAUCAUAUGGAGUUCAUAUGAGCUAUGCUAAAGCUUGGAGGUGUCGAGAGCAUGCAUUGGCUUACAUAAGAGGUACACCAGAAUCAUCAUUUCAGAAACUUCCCUCAUUUCUAUACAUGAUGGAGCAAAAAAAUCCUGGAACUGUUACUCAUUUGCAGAUGGACAAUGAAGGUAGGUUCAAAUAUUGCUUCAUGGCCUUAGGUGUUUCUAUAAUGGGGUUUAAGACAUAUAUUCGCCCAGUUAUAUGUGUAGAUGGAACCUUCUUGACUACUCGGUGUGGAGGUACUUUGUUAUGUGCCAUGGGACAAGAUGCUAACAAGCAAAUAUAUCCAAUUGCAUUUUCAGUAGUUGACUCAGAGAAUAAUGACUCAUGGUUGUAUUUUCUACUGAGGUUGAAGGAAGCGAUUGGUGAAGUGGAGAAUCUAGUAUUCGUGUCUGAUAGACAUACUAGUAUAGCAAGUGCCUUGACUAAAAAUUUUCCUGAGGCACACCACGGUGCUUGUAUACAUCAUGUUAGCAUGAAUAUUCGUGCGAAGUUCAAAACUGACCAUUGCCAUGAAGAAUUCUUCCUUGCAGCGAAAGCUUAUAGAAAGCGAGAGUUUUUACGCCAUUUUGAGAAGAUUAAAUUCAAAGAUCUUGCAAUUGCUCAAUACUUAGAGAAUCAAGUGGGUUUUGAAAAGUGGGCUCGUUCUUUCUUUCCUGGCCAUCGAUAUAAUUUAAUGACUACAGGUAUUGCCGAAAGCUGGAACAAUGUCAUUGCUGAGGCACGUGGGUGGCCAAUUACUUGUCUCAUGGAAUUUAUGAGGCACACUUUACAAAAAUGGUUUUUCGAGCGUCGAACUACAGCAUCAGCGGCUACAAGUCCUCUUGCCACAGAAGUGGAAGCUGAUUUGCGAAAGUUAGCAGACAAGUCCACUACCUCGUUCUCUUUUCCGUCUAGUCAGUAUGAAAUAACAGUAUUGGAUGGUGAUCUUGAUGGAGAUGUCGACCUGAGGAGGAAAACAUGUAGUUGUAGAAGAUUUGAUUUGACAGGUCUUCCUUGUGAACACGCUCUAGCUGGUGCUCGAGAUCGUGGCAUUAGUCCAUAUAGUUUAUGCUCCAGAUUCUACACAGUUGAAGCGUGGUUGUCAUCCUAUGGUGGAUCUGUAUAUACGCUGGGUAAUGAAGAAUCUUGGGUGAUACCAAAUGACAUAGGAAGUAUGAUGAUAGCUCCUCCUUUAGUGAAGCAGAAGGCUGGUCGUCCAAAGAAGAAACGACGUUUAUCAAAGGGUGAGAAGAAUAGAAAACAACAUAGAUGUAGUAGAUGUGGUGUCCUGGGCCACAAUCGAGUGACGUGCACCACUGUUUGUCCCCCGCCGUCUAGACAUGCUUAG